AUGGAGGCUAAGACAAAGAACUGGGCUGACCACAACAGUGAUUCAGACCACUCAGACCAUGAAGCUCCAGCAGCUGCAGAAGCAAAAAAGUCAUACCCUCCAAGAGAGCCCAGGCCACGCCAAGACCUUAACGAGUACAUCCAAAGCAAACAGCCUCCAUACUAUUUUAAGCUCAUCAAUAUCCCUUACGCCUGCGACCAGGCUGCAGACAUCCAAAGCUUUUUCGCAAUCACGGACGAAGAGUUGUCAGAAAAAAAAGCCAGCAUUAAAAUGAUCAAUUUUGAAGGCAGAUUUAAAGGAGUCGCCUAUGUCAAUGCGUGGGAUAUAGAGGUUGCAACCAAAAUUAUCGCAAAAAACGAAAAUGAGCUGAAAGGCAGAAAAAUCGGAAUUUUGGUCGAAACUAAAGGACCGUCAGAAGGAAGAGGAAACAGAGGAAACAGGGAACAUAGAGGAUAUGACAGAAAGCCAAGGGAAGGAGGCUGGAGAGAAGAAAACAAAGAAGGAGAAGUCCAGCACAGACCAAGAGGCCACAGAGGGGCAAGAAGACCUUAUGGAGACAGAAACAGAGAAAGAGCCCACUUUAGAAAUCAAGAGCCACAACAAGAGCCAGUCCAAGAAACCAAAAAAACUGAAGCUAAUGACGAUGUCUGGGGAGAAGCCGGCGAAACUGAGGUUAAAACUCAAGUAGCGCCUGCAGAAACUAAAAAAGAAGAGCCUAGACAAGUCAAAGAAAGGACUUAUAGAACAAAAGCAUGGGGCGACAGCGGAGAAGCCACUGAAGUCUUGUCAAAACCUUCCCAAGCCCCUCAAGAGCAGCCAAAAUACUAUGGCAGACCUUAUGAGCGUAGGGGAAGAUUCAGAGGCAGAAGACCUAACAGAGAUAGAGAUUAA